AUGCCAGGUGCAUUUAAUGGACUCACAGCUAGAAUGAUGGCUGAUUUAAAUUUCCAGGCUACCUAUAUAUCUGGAGCAGCAUUGUCAGCAUCAAGAGGAGUGCCUGAUAUUGGGAUAUUAGGAUUGGAAAAUUUCACUUAACUUAUUGAAGAUGUCUAUGUUAGUUCAAACUUGCCAAUUAUUGCUGAUGCAGACACGGGGUUUGGAGAAGGUGAAAUGUGUUCUAGAACUGUAUUCGCUUAUAAUAAAGCUGGUGCAGCAGGCCUUCAUAUUGAAGAUCAAGAAUUUCCUAAGAGAUGUGGACAUUUAGAUGGUAAGACACUAAUAACAAUAGAAGACAUGAAAUUGAAGGUUAAAAUUUGCGCUGAUGUUAGAGAUAAACAUUCCAAUGGAGAUUUCAUAGUAUAUGCUGGUGCAGAUAUGAUAUUUCCAGAAGGACUUCAAAAUACUCAUGAAUUUGAGGAAGUAGCUUAAAAACUCAGAAAUCACAAGAAAGAUGUUUAUCUAUUGGCUAAUAUGACUGAGUUUGGGAAGACUGAAAGCAUCAUUUUUUAGCAGUUUUCUGAUAUGAAGUAUUCUUGUGUAAUAUAUCCUGUAAGUACCCUUAGGAUUGCGAUGGGAGCAGUUUAAAGAUUUCUUGUUGAUUUAUAAAAAAAUGGUCAUGCAACAAAAAGCAGUCUAGAUAGCAUGCUAAGUAGAAAGGAUUUGUAUGAGCUUUUGAAUUAUAAACCAGGCGAACAAUAUGAAUACCCCUCACCUAAGGAAUCUAAGGAUAAUAAUAUUAGUAAGUGA